AUUUAGAAAUCAAACUUUCUAAUGCUAAAAAAGAAACAGAAAACGCUGAAUCAAUCAAAGGUGAACUCAAUAUAUUGAAAAAUUUGGAAUCAGAACAAAAGAAAACCAUCGGUCAAUCAAAAAUGCAACUUGAAAAAACAAUUCAAGAAAAAGAAUUAAUUCUUAAAGAAACAGAAAUUUUGAAAAAAGAUUUCGGUUUACAAAAGGAAAUUGUUAUUACUCUUGAGGAUGAAUUGAAAUCCGUUAGGGAAGAACUGAAUAAGUCAAAGGAAAGUAAUCAUGAAUCAACAAAGAAAAUUAAAGACUUAUCAAAAUUAUUGAAUGAAACUGUGACACAACGUGCGGAGGAAGAACACAAAAUUAAAACUUUGGAAAUUCAAGUUCAAGAAUUAAACGCAAUAAAUGAUGUCAAUGACAAAAAUCUAUACAAAACUAAAAGAGAUUUAUCGGAUGCAAAAGAUCAAAUGGAAAUUCAGAAUGAACUUAUUGCAAAACUUGGCAACCAAAUGAUAAUUCUGGAGAAGGAACGAGAUGAACAAUUAGAACAUGAAAAAGGAUUGGUCAAUACUCUCGAAGCAAAAGAAAUUGAGCAUAAGGAAGCUGUCAAAGCACUUGAAUCAAUUAUCAAUAAUUUAAGGGAUCAACUUGCGGAAGCAAAGAAUUCCUCUCAAAUGGACAUGGAAACCAUUGCCAUUCUUGGGAACAAGCUUGCAACUGUUGGAUCUCAAUUGGAGGAAGCAAAGGCAUUGGAAGAAUCCCGAUCAAAAGUAGUAAUCGGACUUGAAGUUAAAUUGAAAGAAACAAAUGCUGCAAUAAUUGAAAAAGAAGAAAUACUCAUGGUUAAAGAUUCAUUACUUAAAGAGUUAACAGCAAAUGCAGAAAAAGCAAAAAUUCAACUUGACAAUGCGAAGAUUUCUGAAGCAAUUGAAUCUAGUCGUGCGAAACAACUUGAAAUGCAACUUUACGGAAUUCAAUCAAGAUUACAUGAUCUUUCUCCUACAGAAUAUGAAGAAGCCAAACCAACAACAUUUGUAAUGGAAGUUGAAGUCAAAUUAUCAACCUCAGAUAAUAUUGAGGAAUUAAAGGGGGUACUUGCUAAUAUAAAACUUGAACUUGAAAAAGCUAGAGCAGCUGAAGCCGAACAAGCAGAAAUCAUUCGAAAUUUAGAAUUACAACUUCAAGAAGCUGAUAAAUGUCGGGAAGAAGAAAUAGCCAAAGUCAAGUCUGCUGCCACAGAAGUUGAAAGUCUCAGAGAACAAUGUAAGAAUUUACAACUCGAACUUGAAGAUGCUUAUAAAGAUUCUUUGAUAAUAGGUUUCCAAAAAGUUGAU